AUGUCAAGCGUCGGCCCUCGUGAUCCCACCCAGCCAGUAUUUGUUAGUAUCGCCCCUGAGGGUAAUGAUGGACCAUGGAGUAGCUUCAGUGUUCGAGUUGGCAGCCCAGAACAGGACGCUCGAGUCCUCAUCUCUACAGCCGCCCCGGCAACUCUGGUCGUCCUGUCGCAAUAUGGCUGUUCCGAGGCAGUGAUGAAAAAUGUGCCAUCAGAUUGCGCUGUCUCGAGAGGUCUUAUGUUCACCCCGAAUGGGUCAUCGACGUGGGAUCAAUUAGGGACCUUCGAACUCACUGGUGGAGAAUCCGGCUUCGAAGCGAACCUUGGAUAUGUGCAGCCAGCUCUGUUUGGUUUGGAUACGCUUGGGAUCGGUCUUGUCGACGGAUCUGGAGGACAUACGCUCAAAAAUCAGACAGUCGGUGGUUUUGGUACGGCGGAACCCUUCUAUUUAGGGAUCUUCGGUAUUAGCACGCAGCCAUUAAACUUUACCUCAUUGGGGAAUUUCUCUGCCCCUUCAUACAUCACAACGUUGAAAGAGAAUAAUGUUAUCCCCAGCCUGAGUUGGAGUUACACUGCUGGAGCGAUAUACCGGCUGAAGAAGGUCUAUGGCCAACUAAUUUUCUCUGGCUACGACACGUCUCGCUUCACUGAUAAUUCGGUCACUUUCACAAUGGCAGACGAUAUCACGCGUGACCUAGUGGUGGCCCUUCAAGCCAUAACCUACAGCGGAGAGAACACAGAAUCUCUCUUGUCUUCACCGAUUAACAUAUACAUCGACUCCACGGAUCCCAACAUUUGGCUUCCAGACACCGCCGUGGAUGCCUUUGAGUCUGCCUUCGGUCUCACCCUGGACAAUGCCACUGGUCUAUACCUCGUCAACAGCUCCCAUCAGUCUGUACUUCUCGAGACAAACGCACAAGUAUCUUUCCGACUAUCUGAUGUUUUAGAUGGCGGUGACACGGCUACCAUCACUCUUCCAUAUAAUGCAUUUAACCUCCAAGCAGAGUAUCCAUUGGUCGAGAAUUCGAGUUACUACUUCCCCCUCAAGCGUGCCACCAACGAGUCACAAUACACACUCGGCAGGACAUUCCUCCAAGAAGCAUAUCUCUCGGCCGAUUAUGAACGCCGGAUUUUCAACGUCUCGCAGUGUACCUGGAAUGAGGGCGCGGAAGAGAACAUCGUCACUAUUCUUGCGAGCUCAGCCACCAACACCAGCCAAUCUACCCCAACAUCGUCCUCUUCCAGUGACUCCGGUGAUUCUUCGGGCGGUUCUUCUCUCAGCACCGGUGCCAUAGUUGGCAUUGCAAUCGGCGCAGUGACCGCCGUUGUACUGAUCGCCCUGGCUGCGUUUUUCUUCUUUCGCCACCAGAAGCAGGAUGCUGCUAGUGAACCCGAACGAAGCAUUCUUCAGUCGCCCGCGCCUCAAAGUAUCUCAGAAUUUGGCUCUAAGCAGGCGGACGGAAAUGUGUUUGUCAUACCCCCGAUAAUGCAUGGGGAACUCUCGGGUAAUGAUACUCAGAUUUACCAGUUGCAUGCAGACUCUGGUAGGCAUGAGAUAUAUGAGUUGCCAGGUAGGGGAAUACCGCAGCCUGCAGAAUUGUCAGAGCGCGAUGCUGAAUCUCCGGCUGCGUCAGCAAUGUCUCUUGUGUCGCCCGAUGUAUCUUUUCCAUCGCGUGAUGCGUCUUUACCAUCUCCCGAUCAACUACUUCACCAGCACCUUGUUAGUUGA